AUUAUUUUAACCACAAUUGCUUGAGGUCCAAAGUUUUUUCUCCUACGGAUAAUGUUUUGAUCUUUUAUAACAAGAUUAUAUUGGUCGUUUUUGAACCGGCAGUGGUAUUUUUGCUUAGUUUGAUAUGGCUCUUUUCACAUGUAAUCUCUUUUGCCUCUCACCCCCUACAGACCCAUCAAUUAGUUGGAACAAAUUAAUAAAGAGACAAGUGCUAACGGGGAAUCCAUGGCAGGGUAUUCGGUCAUAUAUACACAUGCAAGAAGUUGGUCUUUUUGCUGAUAAUUUUACGUUUCCCAUUCUUCUUAAGGCAGCGGGCUCUGCCUCUUAUGUUCGUUUUGUGUUUGGACUCCACGGGCAGACCAUUAAAGCUGGCUACUCGGACCACGUUUACGUCCAAACGGCUCUCGUCAACGCGUAUUCUAUUAUUGGACUUUCAGACGUUGCACGGAAUGUGUUUGAUAAAAUGCGUCAGAGAGAUUUAGUUGCGUGGAACUCCAUGAUUGAUGGGUAUGCCUCUAAUGGCCAUAUGGAUAUUGCAUUGGAUCUGUUUGAUUCAAUGCCGAUUAAAGAUGUUUCUUCUUACAAUAUCAUCCUAACUGGGUUCGCAGGCGUGAGACGAAUUGAAUCUGCUAGAGACAUGUUCGAUAAAAUGCCUGUGAGAGACAUUGUUUCGUGGAACUCAGUCAUAUCUGCGUGUGCUAUUGCUGGAGAUAUGGCUGAAGCGCGUGCGUUGUUUGAGAAGUCCUCGCAGCGAAACGUUAUUACAUGGAAUACAAUGAUAUCUGGCUAUGUACAAAAUGAGAAUUAUGCUGAAGCUAUUGAUUUGUUCGACAAAAUGAGAACUGGUAACUGUGAACCGGAUUACUUAUCAGUGACCAGUGCUUUAUCCGCCUGUGCCCAGUUAAGAUCACUUAAAACAGGCACUCAAAUAGAUAUGUAUGCGAGAAAACAUGGACAGUUCUUUAGUCCUCACGUUGUAACUGCACUGAUAGAUAUGUAUGCCAAGUGUGGCAGCAUACAGAACUCCUUAGAGGUGUUCUAUAAAUUUGAACAUAAGGAUAUUUAUUGUUGGAAUGCCAUGGUCUCCGGACUUGCUCUCCAUGGAUAUGGUGAUGCUGCUUUAAAAUUGUUAGACGACAUGAGAGAGAAUUCAAUGAAGCCAGAUGAUAUUACUUUUAUUGGCCUGUUAAGUGCGUGCAGCCAUGCAGGUUUGGUAGAAGAGGGAUAUCAGUUGUUUGAUUCCAUGGAAAGUAAUUUCAAAAUUACUCCAAAGAUAGAGCAUUAUGGGUGCAUGGUUGAUCUUUUAAGCAGAGCCAAACUUCUUGACAGAGCCUUUCAAAUAAUCGAAACAAUGCCAUUUAAACCAGGAGAAUCCAUAUUGGGUGCUUUGCUUAGUUCUUGUGUGACUCAUCAGGACCUUUACACUGGGGAGAAAGUGAUGAAUUUAAUCUUCGACAUGGCUAAUAAUAGUCAUAAUCACUUGAGUGAUGGGGAAUACAUUAUGUUCUCUAACUUAUAUGCAUCUUGUGGUAAAUGGGAAGAAGCAUAUAAAUGGAGAAGUAUGAUGAAUGAUUCAGGCGUUGUUAAGACUGCUGGGCGCAGCAUAAUAGAAGUCGAUGGAAGAUUUCAUAAUUUUUUGGCUGGGAAGGUUGAUUUUCAACCAGAUUAAAAAUGUACCCUUUUGGCAUAAUUACAUAUUUAUGUGUAGUUACAGAGGAACAAUAAGUUGUAACACAAAGGACUCAUUUUUUUUAUUAUUAUUUAAUUUAUUGGCAACAUGUUGAAAAAGUAUGCUUACUAUCUGGCCAAUUUCCACUAACCCAUUAGUCAUCAGUGUCCUAAGAAAUACUGCAAUUUUAUUGGUUGUCUCUAAAGCACCAGAUAUCAUUAUAUAUCUAGCCAACAUGGUGGAACAAGAAGAUCAAGAUUAACACAAACCUGAAUAUUGGUGUAUAGAGCUUUGUAUCAAUGGUAGGUGCUAUUUCUUGUGAUGCCACAUGACAUGCGAGAAGGUUUCCAUUUGUUAAGUGAGUUUUCAUUUUUUCAGGAGACAAGUGAUUUUGUAGAACUAAAUCAAUGCAUAUAAUAUGCAACUUAUGUACUAGCCAAAUUAAAAGAAUAAGAUUUGCUACUCUGUCAAAUGAACUUUGUAAAGAGUUCAAAGAUUUGAUGCAGCACCUUUUAUUAUAUUUUAAAGGUAAAAUUGAACACUUUCAUGUUCAA